AUGUCAGAAGUCGAUAGCCAAGUUAUGAAAAAAGUAAACUACAGCUCCAACCCUGCUUCUAAUAAUCAACCUCAUUUGCAUCAAUUUCCUUCCGAAAGUGAUCAUAGUUCUGGUCAACAUCAUCCAGCAACUGCCAACGAAUACGACUACAAAGAGUCUUAUAGCUAUAUGAUUAAUCCUACCGGUGAUUUUUCACCUGCAAAUACUCCUUACGGAUUAUUACGACAACCACACCUUCCACAACAACCUCAAACUCAUCCACACAUGCCACAUCAACAACAUAUACAACCAUCCGGAUUAUCACAAGAGUAUUUUGCUGCUCCAUAUCCACCACCACUUUUACAUAGUAGCUCUGUUCAAAAUACAUUGCAUGCUACCCCAAUGAAUUCACAACAGAGUCAAUAUUCAAGUCAACAAUCAAGAGAAGAUCCAAGACAAAUUAAAAGUCAAUCACUUCCAGAAUUAAGAUCUUCUGGUUAUACUAUGCUUGAAUCUUCUUCAAGUGUUGCUUCUGAAGAAAUGAAAUCUAGAACUGGUAAUUAUCCAGUACCAAUUUAUCAACAUCAACCUCAACAAAUGCCUGAUCAACAUUUCACUUAUCAUCAACAAGAUCAUCCCCAUCAUCAUCCAAUAUCAGGCAUACAAAUACCGAUGAAUAUUGAAUUAAAUCAAUAUCCUGAUAUGACUUCAUUGGUAAAUUCUAAUUCAAAUAUUGUUGUUCCAUUAGUGGAGAGUCAAUUUGUUGAUCAUUCAGUCUGUACAGUAUGUGGUAAAAGAAUUACAAGAGAUAUGACAAGACAUAUGAGAACUCAUCAAAGUGAAUCAAGAUUCAAAUGUCAUUUCCCAAAGAAUCAAUGUCGUCAUAAACUGGGAAAAUUCAAUAGACCAUACGAUUUCAAAAAGCAUUUAUUAAAUCGACAUUUUAAAUUUGAUGAAGUUGCUAUAAGACGUCUUCAUAAUUUAAGUGAUAAAUUAGAUCAUUGGGGGACUUGUCCCUGUGGGAUAAGAUUUAUGGGUAAGGAUUGGCUUUAUGAGCAUAUCCUUACUGAUGAUGCUUCAAAGAAGUGCCCUUGUAUAACAUGA